AUGGUUGACCAGUUGGUGAAGUUAGGGGAAGAGGAGAUUCUCCUGUACGUCGCAAUUGUUUCAGAAGCUGUCUGCAACCCACAAGACCGAGCAUCUCUACUGUGGUUCUCCAGCAACAUUACUUCUCCAGUUUCUCCUCUUAAUUGGAAUCCAUCCAUUGAUUGUUGCUCCUGGGAGGGAAUAACCUGCGAUGACUCAUUGGAUAGCCACGUGACUGCGAUCUCCUUACCAUCUAAAGGACUCUCUGGACACCUCCCUCUGUCUCUUCUGCAUCUCCGCCAUCUCUCUCAACUCAAUCUUUCUCACAACCAUUUAUGGGGUCCUCUCCCGCCAGAUUUUCUCUCAUCCCUUGAUCAGCUCAUAGUUCUUGAUCUUAGUUACAACAGCUUCAGUGGCGAGCUGCCACUUGACCAAGCAUUUGGAAACGGAAGCAACAGGAUCUUCUCAAUUCAGGCCCUUGAUCUGUCAAGCAAUCUUCUCCAAGGAGAAAUCCUAGGAAGCUCUGUAUCUUUACAGGGAGCUUUCAGUUUAAUCAGUUUCAAUGUCAGCAACAACAGCUUCACAGGUCCACUCCCUUCUUUCAUGUGCACGAGUUCACCGCAGCUCAGCAAACUGGAUUUCUCCUAUAACGAUUUCACCGGCGUUAUCUCCCAAGGACUAGGCAGAUGCUUGAGGCUAAUUGUUCUACGAGCAGGCUUCAAUGGACUCUCUGGUGACAUCCCAAGUGAAAUCUACAAUCUUUCCGAGCUCGAACAACUCUUUCUGCCAGUCAAUCAUCUUUCUGGAAAGAUUGAUGAAGAUAUAACCCGGCUCAGGAAACUAACGUCCCUUGAGCUUUACUCCAAUCACCUCGAAGGAGAAAUACCAGCGGACAUAGGCAAACUCUCCAGCCUUCGCAGCUUACAGCUCCAUAUAAAUAACCUCACUGGUUCGGUCCCGCUUUCUCUCGCAAACUGCACCAAUCUCCUCAAGUUGAAUCUGAGAGUCAAUCAGCUGGGAGGAAGCUUAACGGAGCUUGACUUUUCCCGGUUUCAGAGCCUUAGGAUUCUAGAUCUCGGAAAUAAUAGUUUCACCGGUGAUAUCCCUCAUAAGGUUUUCUCCUGCAAGUCUCUAACAGCGAUCAGGUUUGCAGGAAACAAGUUAACGGGACAGAUAUCUCCUCAAGUAAUGGAACUUGAGUCCCUAUCGUUCCUGUCUAUUUCAGACAAUAGACUAAAGAACAUUACCGGCGCUCUCAGCAUUCUGCAGGGGUGCAGGAAGUUGUCCACUCUCGUCAUGGCAAAGAAUUUUUACAACGAAACAAUUCCAACCAACGAAGAUUUAAUAACGCCGGAUGGAUUCCCUAAACUCCAGAUAUUUGGCAUCGGUGGAUGUAGACUGAAAGGUGAAAUACCAGCUUGGCUGGUCAAACUGAAGAGAUUAGAAGUCAUAGACUUGUCACACAACAAGCUUGAAGGUUCAAUCCCUGGAUGGCUGGGAACUCUCCCAAACCUUUUCUACAUGGAUCUCUCAGAUAACCUACUAUCAGGAGAGCUGCCAAAGGAAAUCUUUCACCUGAGGGCUCUGAUGUCUCGAAAGGCCUACGACGCAACCGAUAAGAAGUAUCUAGAGCUGCCUGUUUUCGUCAAUCCCAAUAACGUUACCACCAAUCAGCAAUACAAUCAGCUGUCCAGCCUUCCACCUGCGAUUUACAUGAAAAGGAAUAACUUGACUGGAAGUAUACCAGUUGAGGUUGGCCACUUAAAGGCUCUUCAUGACCUCAAUCUUUCUCAGAACUUUUUAUCUGGCAGCAUCCCACAUGAGUUGUCGAAUCUUACCAGCUUAGAGAGGCUAGACCUCUCCAGCAAUAGUUUAUCUGGUAGAAUCCCUUGGUCACUAACAAGCCUCCACUUCAUGUCCUACUUCAAUGUGGCGAACAACAGUCUUGAAGGGCCAAUACCCACAGGAAGUCAGUUUGAUACUUUUCCAAAAUCAUAUUUUGAAGGAAACCCUUUGUUGUGCGGUGGUGUACUUCUGACCUCCUGCACCGCUCCAGCUCAGCCGCCUGCUACAACAACGGAUAAAGAGGAUACAGAGGAGUUAAGAAGAACGUUUAUCAUAGGGGUUGCUAUUGGAUUUUUUCUUUCCUACUCUUCUUACUGGUACUUUUUUGUUAUGCGAUGGGCAUAA